GAGAAACUUUAUACGCGAUCGUUGUCGAAGAUGUAGUGAAUAUGAUCGGUUGGCAGUACGUUGCUUAUGGCUGCAUCGCAAAGAGACACUUGGGUCAAAUUGACCAAUCGUAAUCGUGAAUUUCAAAAUGGCAAGUCUCACGUUUAUAGUGUUUUUUUUGUUUGUGUGCGACAUUUCGUCAACGGUAUCUCUCUGGCAUAACCUUGGUACGUUUUCCUUCCUCGUCUGUAUAAAGUAUAUUUUUUCUCUUUCCGAGCUCAUUUUACAGUCUCAUCGUACGAAAAUGAGUUCUCAUGGAAAAGCAGAGACUGAUAGACUGAGGAAGAAUUUGGAGGAACAAUUAGAUCGACUUGUGCAACAACUGGAAGAUCUGGAAGAUAGCAGAAUUACACUCGAUGAAGUAGAUUAUCAAGAAUGUAAAGAAGAUACUAUGGAACAGCUCCGUGAACUCAGUGAAAGUCUACAAAGAAUGAUAUCUGGAGAUAUGACUUUGAUUGAUGAACUUGGUGCGAUGCAAUUGGCAACUCAAGCAGCAAUAAGUGAAGCCUUUCAAACACCAGCUGUAAUAAGAAUGUUUGGUAAACGUGAACCAACUCUACUCAAGGAACUUCUCGCACAAAUUGAUCGUGAUGUGAAACUAGGAAAGUUAAAUAAAGAAAUUGCUGAUCGUCAACGUGGAGAAAUAAUGAGUGCUUUGAGGCAACUUGGUGAAAAGCUAGAACCAUCUGAAUUACAGUUGUUGGAACGAUUAUCCUUAAAUAAUAUCGAUACUGCGAGGUAUGUGCAAGUCACUGAAACAACAGGAAAGGGUAAAAUAGCUUUAUUAGAUAUAAUAGGUAAGGAAGUUAAAGCUACGCAAGAUACUUGAACUUAUCGAAUUUAAUUAGCAGCAGUACUUGUGCCAAUGUAACUAUUACUACAACGGGCCACUGAUGGUUAUUGAUAAUCUAUUGCUACUUUUUUAAAAUCUUAUCAGAAUAAUUUUAAUAUACAAUAUAAUCUUGCUCUAUAAUUUAUAUAUUCAUUUUUUGCCAGUUUGACAAUCCGUAAUUUCAAUAUGUAUAAGUAAUAUGUAUCAUUAAGAUUCAAAAUAUUUAUAUCGACAUAUGACUUAAAAUAUGCAUGCAAAAUAUAUAAUAUUAAAUAUAUUCUAACUUAUCUAUUCAUAUAUAACAUUUGAUUUUAAAUCAGUAGCAAUGCAGUGAUAAUUGUAUCUGACCAUGAGGCAAAAAUGAUUUUCUGUUAUUGAAAUUUUAUAAAAAAUAAAUAUAUAUGACACACAUAUAAUUCCUAGAAACUGUUACAUAAUUUUUAGAAAUAUUCUGUUGCUUAGAAUUUUACUGUGAUACAAUAUAUAUAUAGCGUAUCAUUCAAAGAUUCUUUAGUGUGUAUGUUAUUAGUGCUACAUAUAAUUUAAAUGCAUUCUGCAAUAUUGUAUAU